GCAUUCCUUUUGAAGAGGCUUUUUACCAGUGAAAAGUCUACUUGGAGGGACUGUCCAGGUUUCUGAUCUUUCAGAAGAGGAGCAGAAGAACCUUCUCUGUCACACAUUAUGUGAUAUUUUGGAAAUGGCUUGCUCUGAUAAUUCUGAGUCGUACUCUCUGGCAACAUGGAUAAGAGGAAAAACAACUGAAGAAACUGCUAGUAUUUCUGAAAGUCCUGCAGAAUCUAGUCGUCAAGAGGAACAACCUUCUGCCUUGGCUGUCGAAGAGCUUGGCUUUGAGCGAUUUCAUGCAUUAAUUCACAAACGAGCAUUCAAAAGCUUCCCUGAACUGAAGGACGCAGUUUGGAAUCAAUAUUCAGUGUGGACAAACAGAUUUGGAGUAUUGCUCUUUCUGUAUUCAGUAAUACUGACAAAGGGUAUUGAAAACAUAAAAAAUGAAAUUGAAGAUUCAACUGAGCCAUUGAUAGAUCCUGUGUAUGGUCAUGGAAGCCAAAGUUUGAUUAACCUCCUGUUGACGGGGCAUGCUGUUUCUAAUGUGUGGGAUGGAGACAGAGAAUGUUCAGGAAUGAAGCUUCUUGGUAUACAUAAACAAGCAACAGUAGGCUUUUUGACUUUGAUGGAAUCUCUGAGAUAUUGUAAGGUUGGCUCCUAUUUGAAAUCUCCUAAAUUUCCCAUUUGGAUUCUUGGCAGUGAAACACACCUCACAGUCUUUUUUGCCAAGGAUAUGGCCCUUGUUGCUCCUGAAGCGCCUUCAGAGCAAGCCAGAAGGGUUUUCCAGACAUAUGACCCUGAGGAUAAUGGUUUUAUACCGGACACUCUGCUAGAAGAUGUAAUGAAGGCUCUGGACCUUGUUUCAGAUCCCGAAUAUGUAAACCUCAUGAAGACCAAAUUAGACCCAGAAGGACUGGGCAUCAUAUUACUGGGUCCCUUUCUGCAAGAAUUUUUCCCUGAGCAGGACUCUAGGGUUUCAGAGUCAUUCACUGUUUACCAUUACAACGGACUGAAGCAAUCUAACUAUAAUGAAAAGGUCAUGUACGUAGAAGGCACAGCAGUUGUUAUGGGUUUUGAAGAACCAAUGCUACAGACCGAUGACACUCCUGUAAAACGCUGCUUACAAACCAAAUGGCCAUAUAUAGAAUUGCUCUGGACCACAGAUCGAUCUCCUUCUUUAAACUGAUGUGUUGCACAUAAACAACAUACUACUAUGGGAUCCUUGAAUGGGGAUACAAGAAUUGGUAUUUGCUUGGAAAGUGGUAUACUUUGACUGUGUGAAGUUAUACACUGGUAUCAUUGAUGAAUUGUAAAUAAUUAUUACAAACACUUUUUCAGUGUUAAUUGGAAUAUUUAAUUUUUUAAUCAGAUUGAUUUCUAUUAUAAUAGUUUGUCUUUUUUGGCCACUGUAGUACUGUUAAUGUGAGUUAUCCUGAAAAAAAAAGCCUACUUAUGAAGACUUAACAUUAUUUUGCCAUGUCAUGAAGAUUUGAAAAAUGUCUGAUGUUGCAGAAUCUGCAUAUUAGAUAUCAGAUCUUUAAAACAUAAAACAUAUUCAGCUUCCUCUGAAUCAUAUAGGCAUGUUUUAUUAUUUAAAUUAUAUUGGCUUACAUUACAGUACCAUAAUGUGUGGACUAGACUGGCCUUUGCACUGGAUAUGUUUUAAUGAGUUUAAAUUUUCUGCAAUUUUUCCUAAAAUCUGAUUUUACCUAAAGAGCUUGCACAAUGUGACAUAAAUAUGAUACAUUUUUAGGAAUAUUAGUAAGUAUAAUUAAUAAAUAAACUUUCUUCGCAGUUGUAUAGUACUGUGGCUUAGUUAUCGGGCAUGUUAAAAGUGAACAGGAAAUCUGAAGAAAAAUAGAUGUAUUACUAUUUAUUUGAAUUUGUAUAAAAGAAAUGUAAAAACAGCGGAAAUAAUUUCUUGUUCUAUAAUCUUUAAACUAUUCAAACUUAUAAUAUUGCCAAAUACCUCUUCUCAAUUUGUCCAAACAGCAGUGUAAGCCAGCGUUAUUGUAUGUGUUAAGUGCAUGAGAACAUCUGUUAUUACAUUAUUAUAUUCCUUUAUUUAUUAUCAACUUGUUAGCCCUAAAAUAAAAUCUUUUCCUUGAAUC